CCAAAUCUUCCUAGCACUGAACAGAGAGGAUUUGAGAUUAGACGCGCCCUUGAUGCGAUAUAGUCCGCAUACACUUCUUUCAGUUGAACAACAACCCCCAGAGAUCCAGAUUCACGUAGUAGGAGAGAAGGGACCCAUUUCAUCUUCACUACCUGCGAGCUCGAAGUCGGUAGUGGCAAAAGGAUUGUAUGACAAGUCUCAUGACCGUGUGUCAUACUUAUCAGCACCAGCGUCUGACGCAAAAAAGCGAAAAGAAGGAGGUACGGAAGAAGCCGAAGCUGAAGUACUUGCAUCUGGAAUAGUUGGUAAACACAGCCAACAACAGAACAACCCAGUACAAUCGCUAAAAGAUCUUUUGGGAGAGCGCGAGCUUCGCACGGCGCAAGUGUUGACUUCGCCCGAUGCAGGCUAUCGAUUCGAUCAGUCCACAAGCACUCCGGCACGUCCUCAGGAGGUUGAGAAGAGGCCUUCACCCUCACUACCUUUGGCUGCAAGCUUCAGUGAUUUCACUGCCAAGCCCUUUCCAGAAGGCAAACAACACCAGUCAAACAACAACCCUAACACUUCUUAUUCCGACCGUGGGGUGGCACCUGACUCCAACCAAAUCAGUCAAAAGACAUCCAAAAGUUGUAGCAAUCCGCCAACUACUACAUACCGAGUAGUACAGACCCUGGAGCUUUCUCAGCAGCAGACCGCGCCUUCAGCAGAACACCAAGACCCUUAUAAACAAAUGGCCGCUGAUAUUCAUCAACUAUGGCAACGUAACGGUCAAGAAGCGCAACCUACCUACCUAAACCCAACAGAAAAACUACACAGGACCGCUACACCAACAUCCGGGAGCGAUUUUACUGUGAACAGCGUGGCUGUUAAGAGGACUCCUGACCACUGCGAUAUCCUGUAUAUACUAAAUCCUGAACCUAGCCCUAGCAGGAGCCAGAUCGAAGCCGAUUCUAUCACGAAAGUGACUCCACCGUACCACCAAGCAGCAAAGCAACGUCAGCGACAUCAAAAUACACCAUUAACAACGCCGAACACUGCACAAGUAUUGCCGCUAGCUCGUGCCGUAAUAGCGCCAAGUAUUCAAAAGACAGAGAAGCAGAAGAUGUUGAAUAAGUCGCCCUUUAUGCCUUUCUGUUCCCAGCUGAUUGAUGAACGCAUGCAGUGUGCACAAGCUAUGGGUGGUUUGGAUAACGCUAUCGAUGCAACGAAUGGGAUUACGAAGUCUGGCGGCUAUGUUGGAAGCGGUUUGUAUGUUGCCACGCCUUUCUAUUGCAAAUAUGGCUACAAUCUCUCAUUUGGUGACAAUACUGUCAUCGGACCCGACUGCCGAUUGCUCGAUUCCGGAAAAAUCACCAUCGGAAGAAAUGCUGAGAUUGGGGCUGGGGUUACUGUGUCGACUUUAAAGAUGCCUGCCCACACGAACACUUUAAAAAGAGUAAGCGGCAUCAAAGUGGCUCAAGAAAUCUGUAUUGGCGACAAUGCCUAUGUCGGUAGUGGCUGCAUUAUCGAGGCUGGAGUACGGAUUGGCCAUAGCGCUAUCGUUCGGCCCCAGUCUGUUGUUGUUCAUGACAUACCUGCUGGGUGUAUCGCGUCGGGUAAUCCAGCUGGUAUAUGUACCGUGGAUUGGGUGAACUAG